AAUGGUAGCGAUGUCGAUGUUGCACACACGAGGAACUCUCUCGGCGAAAACAUAGAUGCGAAGUGGAGCUGAAAGCAAUCAAUAGUUUAAAAACACGCUGUAAAUAAACACCACAACAGCGCUUGCCAGAGGCCAACACAGAGGCCAGGUAGAGAAGAUGACUCGCUGGGCAAGGAGCAAAAGUGUCCUAAAGCAUGAACGGCAGCCAGGAGAGGCUACCACUUGGUCUGAGUUUGUAGCACAGCGGCAGGAGGCUGCGAAACCAAGUUGUGCACGUGAUGGCAGUAAAGCGACAAGGUUGUCGAACACUAGCAAGAAGCAUCCCAUAGGUAUUAACAUUGCUAUCAAGAGGAAGCUGACAAGCACAGAAACUGGUGGUGCUGAGGCCAAUGUUUACUGUAGAGGUGCAGCUGCUGAUGUAGUCCAUCUAAAAGGAACAGCAGCAGUGUCAAGUAACAGGCCUUCACAACAUGUCAUCGGAAAUAAGAGCAACAUACAGGCUGAAGGCAAAAAUGCUGCCAAAAGAAAAGAAGCUGCAGUGCAUGAUGAAGAAGCAGAAGCACUUGAGAAGUUGUUGCAGAAGCACAGAAAAACUGAACCAGACCUUCCAGUUGCACAAAAGACAGUGGAGGUAGCUCCUGAAAAGAGACUUGCUGUAGUGCCAGCGCCAAGUUCCAGUAUGACAGGUAGCAAAAGUAACGCAUUUCCCAGAGAAGUUGCAAAAAGAAGAUCGUCACCCAGUGCAAAAAAGAAAGCCUGUUUGCUUAAAACAAGAACUUCUGCUGCCGAGACUGCUGUGCCAGCCUCAAAGAAUCAACUCUCACUCUCUGGUGUAACUAAGAAAUGUGGUGAUAAAAAGGAGGUUCAGUCUUCUGCUGAUAUGUCAAAAGCAAGGAAAAAGAAAAUUAUUUCUAAGAAGCUUCUCCCAUCAGUCAGGAAGAAGCUUCCAGUUCCGCCCGAAAAUCAAGGAAAGUUCGGAAGUUCUGACACUGAGAAGUUAGGUAAGGUUAGGAAAACCCUCGGCCAUAAAGCUGAUGCACCAUUCAUGAAGGAAGAGGCCUUGUCCUUUGAUGAAAAUGAAAAGGACAGCAACAGUGAGGUAGAGCAGCCUGUGUUGAAGAAGCCAAGAACAGGUGUACUCGUAGACGGUAGUGGCAGUGGCAAGGCCAAGCGACUGCAUCGGAUGCGCCAGGAGCGGGAGGCCAAGGGCAUGCUGCUCCUGCCGGAAAAGGUAGAACGACGCAUAUACCUGACAAAAAAGGCCAUGCGCAAGAAGGGCCUUCCUGGAGAGCAGAUCAAGGAGGCUGUGCGCAAGAUGCGUCGAAAGGAAGAGCUGCUGUUUCGCAGGCAGCUGGCCAAGCUAUGCUUCAAAUGUCGUCAGCCUGGUCACAGGGUGUCCGACUGUCCUCAGAUGCUUCAAGAUUCCAGCGAAGGCAUUGGAAUUUGCUUCAAGUGUGGAUCUACAGAGCACUUCUCAUCUGCGUGCACAGUUCAGACAAGCAAAGACAAUGAGUUCCCAUAUGCGAAGUGUUUCAUCUGCAAGCAACAGGGGCACCUGAGUCGCAAGUGCCCACGUAAUGAUAAAGGGGUGUACCCAAAAGGAGGUCACUGCAAUUUCUGUGGAGGUAUUGACCAUUUCAAGAAGGAGUGUCCCGAGAUGGAGAAGAAUAGGAGCAAAACCAGUGAAGAGAGUGAGGUUGCAGCUGACAUUGCGAGCAUAGGCCUGAGUGCCGACGCCGAGAACAUUGUGCCAUUGCACCAGGACAUCCGGGUAAAGAAGAAGGUGAUCAGCUUCUGAAGCUGUGUUGCCUGCAAAGUUGGCCACAUGCCCUUGUAUUGAAGCGUCGUUUCAUAAAGAAGUCCCUGAAGGAAAACUGCCAUUUCAGUCAACACGAGAAUUGUAUUAAUUGCAUGGAUGGCUCAUCAUAGAGCUUACAAUACUGAACAAUCUUUGUGACUUGCAUUACAAAGCAAUGAUAAUUUGACCUGUUUUAAUCCUGUGGUUUAUUUGUUUUUGGAGCUUUCUUCAGAAUAUGUUAUAAACAUAGAAAAGAACAAUUCACCCUAAAGUUAAUGGUGCUAUUUAAGUACUAUUACCUAGAUUUAUUGACACACACACACAUACAGAAGAUCGUAAUCAUUCAUAUGAUGCUCUGAAAAGUUUUGAUAAUUAGAACUUGAUUUGUAUGCAUGAAGCUGUUUCAUGCGACUCUUUUUGGGGUCUUGAAUAUAAACAUCCUUUAUUAUGGC